GCCAAACAGCAACAACAACACUUUCCCCUUUCUCUCUCUCUCUAACAUGGCGAUGCUUUCUACUGCUUCCGUUUCGGGGAGCGUCGACCUUCCUCGGGGAACCAUGAAGGUUGAGUCGUCUGCGUCUCCGGAGGUCGUUUCCGAUCUCCCACCAUCGUCCCCCGAGGGAUCACCUGAUCGCCAUGACCCUUCCAGUUCUUCUCCGAGCCCCAGUCGUGGUGGGGACAAUCAGUCUGAAGUCAUAUCGAAGAGUGAAGAGUAUCGGCAAUUAUUUCGGCUUCCAGCUGACGAAAUCCUUGUUCAAGAUUUUAACUGUGCUUGUCAGGAGAGUAUUCUUAUGCAGGGUCAUAUGUACCUCUUCAUCCAUUAUAUCUGCUUUUACUCCAACAUCUUUGGUUAUGAGACCAAGAAAAUUAUUCCAUUUGCGGAUAUAUCUUGUGUUAAACGAGCAAAGACUGCUGGUAUUUUUCCUAAUGCCAUUGAGAUUUUAGCUGGAGGGAAGAAGUACUUUUUUGCAUCAUUUCUUUCCCGUGAUGAAGCUUUCAAGCUUAUCCAUGAUGGAUGGUUGGAAUAUGGUAGUCCUGUCAAAGCACAAGGCGAGAUUCAGGUGACCGACCAGCAGGAUUUUUUAUCUGAGUCCCAAAACCAGGUAAAUGAUGGACUUGUUAAAAGGGCACUCAGUUCCAUGGAUUUGGCCAAUGAACUAGAUAUUCCAUUGCCGGAUGAAAAUCUUCAUCUUUCCGGCAGUUCCAGUCUUCCUGUCAUUAGUCAGAAUGGCCUUCCACCUUCAUCCGUUCAACGGCAUGCAGAACCAGAUGUAGAUGUCGUGCCGGCCAAUACUUUCAACUGGAAGCCUGAAGAUAUAGAUGCACCUAAAUUGUCAUCUGAUUUUACAAAGGUAGCAGAGGCAAAGUUUUCGAUUCCAGUAGAAGAGUUCUUUAGAUUGUUUUUUUCAGAUGGUGCUGUCAGUUUUGUUGAAUCUUUCCAUAAAAAUUGUGGAGACAAAGAGUUUAGGUGUACCUCUUGGCAACCUCAUGAAAAGCUUGGACACACCCGCAAUGUCUCAUUUCAACAUCCGAUAAAAAUUUAUUUUGGUGCAAAGUUUGGUGGCUGCCAGGAGUCACAGAAAUUUCGGAUGUACAGAGAUAGCCAUCUGGUUAUUGAAACAUCACAGGAGAUCAGCGAUGUGCCUUAUGCAGAUUAUUUUACGGUAGAGGGAGUCUGGGACUUGAAAAGAGAUUGCAGAGACUCGAUAGAAGGUUGUAUAUUGGAUGUUUAUGUCAAUGUGGCCUUCGCUAAAAGAACAGUGUGGAAAGGGAAAAUAGUGCAGUCUACUUUGGAAGAAUGUAGAGAAGCUUAUGCACAUUGGAUAAGAAUGGCACAUGAACUGUUGAAGCAGAAGAAGCUGGAGAACCAAGAAGGGAAUAAGUUGAUUGAGGAUGGUGCACCGCUAGCAGCAAAGGAAGAAAGAGUAUCUGAAUGUGAAGAGGAGGGGAAGGUGGAAAUGGUGGGAGAAGGGGUAGUGAAAAAAAGCUUAAAGGAAGCAUGGGUGAAUCUGAUAUCAUUUGUGAAGAGGCAAAGCGGGACAAGGCAGGUUAUAGUAUUAGCGUUUGCAGUAAUCUUACUGAUGCAGGUGACGAUAGUGGUGCUACUGAAGAAAGGAGGAGGGGGGCAAGUGGAGUAUCAUGAGAGGUACGACGAGUACAGUGGAAAUGGGGAGAGUUUGGGGUGGUUGGAGAAGAGAAUGCAUUUCCUGAGGGAAGAGAUUAUGAUGGUUGAGGAUCGUUUGCAGAGGAUGCGACAAGACCACGCUGCCUUGAAGGCUCAGUUCCACCAUUUGGAACGCCUCGUUCGCCGAAACCAACAGUAAAUUUUGUUCACCCUACUCUCUGUUUGUGCAGAAUGCGGAUGGAUAUAUGCAUGUAUGUAUGUAAUGUAUUUUCGGAUGUUACUUUGCAAAGUUGUUAUACCUACUCAUAUGAAUAUGAGCAGAGACUCUGUUAAACGAAAAUGAUUUAAUCAAUUGUAUUCGUGUGU